GUGAUUCUUUUCGCCAAACAUAACAUUCGUUCAGUACGAUUAAUCUGUGCAGUAAACUAGAAUUUGAUUAUGUUAGGUGUAUUUGUUUUAGAAAAUAUAAGGUAUUUCCAUUAGUUAGUCAUGUUAAAGGAUAAAGGGCAAGUCACCUUUGAGGAUAAAUGGCCUUCUAUGCGUCCCAUCGUACUGAAAUUGUUAAAGCAAGAGCCGGUAACACAAACAGAAUGGCAAGAUUUGUUCGGAGCAGUGCAUUCUGUGUGCUUAUGGGACGAGAGGGGACCCUACAAACUGAGAGACGAGCUGCAACAUGACAUAAUGAUGUAUAUUAAACAGGCGCAGGCACGGGUAUUGGCACAGCGCGAAGAUCAAGCAUUGUUGAAGGCAUAUAUCGCUGAAUGGGGCAAAUUCUUCACCCAGUGCAACUACCUGCCUACACCAUUUCGACAGUUGGAGAACUCUAUUAAUAAUAUUAGUAAAGUAACAAGUACCAAUUCAUCAAAUUCGCAAAAAAAGAACAAUAAUAACAACAUAGAGGAUAGUCUGGUGCGUAAAUUGAUGUUAGAUUCAUGGAAUCAGAGCAUAUUUGUUGAUAUCAAACAAAGACUUCAAGAUUCUGCAAUGAAACUGGUGCAGGCUGAGAGGAAUGGAGAAUCUUUUGACUCGCAACUUGUUAUUGGAGUUAGAGAAUCGUAUGUGAAUUUAUGCUCAAAUUCAGUGGAUAAGCUGCAAAUCUAUAGAGAGAAUUUUGAAGCCGCCUACAUGCAGGCAACAGAAGAGUUCUACAAAUUGAAAGCAAAUGAGCAUUUGUUGGCUAAUGGAGUUCAGUCAUACAUGAAGUAUGCUGAUCAAAGAUUGAAAGAAGAGGAGGCUAGAGCUCAUAGAUAUCUGGAGCCUGGUAGUGGCAGUGUGGCUGCUCUUACUCAGUGUUGUGAAAAAGUUCUCAUUGGGGAACACCUUCCCACUCUACUAGCUGAAAGUGCACCUCUGAUUAAAGCUGGUGAGACUGAAAAACUACAACUCAUGUUUAGACUUCUAGACAGAGUGCCUGAAGGAGUUACACCAAUAUUAAGAGACUUGGAAGCACAUAUAGUCUCAGCCGGCUUAGCUGAUAUGGUAGCUUCAGCUGAUAUCAUAACAUCAGAUUCAGAAAAAUAUGUGGAAAGAUUGUUGGAUCUGUUUAAGAAAUUCAGUACUCUAGUAAAAGAUGCUUUUAUGGAUGAUCCACGAUUCCUAACUGCCAGGGACAAAGCAUACAAAUGUGUAGUCAAUGAUACCACAGUUUUUAAAUUGGAACUUCCCUCAUCUGCUCUUCUUCGUGGUGGUAAGGGUACAGCUCCUGAAAGCAAAUGUCCUGAACUUCUUGCUAAUUACUGUGAUAUGUUGUUACGAAAGACUCCAUUAAGUAAACGAUUAACUACAGAGCAAAUAGAAUCCAGGCUGAAAGAUGUAUUGUUAGUUUUGAAGUACAUUGAAAAUAAGGAUGUGUUCAUGCGUUACCACAAAGCACAUUUAACAAGAAGAUUGAUAUUAGAUUCCAGUGCUGAUUCUGAAAAGGAGGAAGACAUGGUAGAGUGGUUGCGCGAAGUUGGUAUGCCUGCAGAUUAUGUAAACAAACUGGCACGCAUGUUCCAAGACAUCAAGGUCAGUGAAGAUCUGAAUACUCAGUUUAGAGCCGACACAACGAGACAUGAUGCCAUUAAUAUUAAGAUUCUGAAUGCUGGAGCUUGGGCUAGAGGCUCAGAGAGAGUAACAGUUAGUCUUCCCUUAGAAUUAGAAGACUAUAUUCCAGAGGUUGAAGAAUUUUAUAAGAAAAAACAUUCAGGUCGUAAACUGCAAUGGUACCACCAUAUGAGUAACGGAACUAUAACUUUUGCUAACUCAGUUGGUAGAUUUGACCUUGAUGUCACUACUUUCCAAAUGGCAGUCUUGUUUGCUUGGAAUCAAAGGCCUAUGGAGAAAGUUACAUAUGAGAACUUAAGACUUGCCACAGAACUCCCUGAUCCCGAAUUAAGGAGAACUUUAUGGUCUCUAGUUGCUUUCCCUAAACUGAAAAGACAAUUGUUAUGCUAUGGACCUCUUGUGCAGAAUCCUAAAGAUUUCACCGAAAACACUACAUUUUGGGUGAACCAAGAAUUUGCUCUUGUUAAAAACGGUAAGCCUCAACGUCGCGGGAAAAUUAAUUUGAUUGGCAGGCUGCAGUUAAGUACUGAGCGCUCUCAAAUGGAAGAUAAUCACUCUAUUGUGCAAUUAAGAAUUUUGAGAACCCAAGAAGCGAUUAUAAAAAUACUGAAGAUGCGAAAACGCAUUACCAACACUGCCCUGCAGAGCGAACUUGUGGAGAUAUUGAAGAACAUGUUCCUACCAUCUAAGAAGAUGAUAAAGGAGCAGCUGGAAUGGCUGAUCGAACAUAAGUACAUGCGCCGUGACGAUGAAGAUAUAAACACUUUUAUAUACAUGGCCUAGAAGUUCUUCUCCACUGUUGUAAAUGAAAUGAACAAAAUCAAAUAAAUUAUUUAC